AAAGAAAAUUUCAGUGGAGAUUUAUCCAGAGCAAAAGGACUUUCAUCUGUGAAGAUAGACAAGAAGAAGGGAGGCAAAUUCCAGUCCUUUAAGAAGUUGUUUGGCAAAAGGAAAAAGAAAGAUCCUUCACCAUCACGGGAGGAGGCAGUGGGGAAGAAGAGCUACUCUCCACAGAGGGUCAGCAAUGGGACUUUCUCUUCAGAUGAGGAGACCCUGGAGGACAAUCUAAGGUCCUUCAACUGUUCUGUGGGAACUCGGGUGUUUUCCCAUGACAGUAUUUUUAUCCCUGAUGGGGGAGCAGAAAGUGAGCAGACAGUUCAAGCAAUGUCACAGGACAACAUCCUGGGCAAAGUCAAAACUCUUCAGCGGCAGCUGGGCAAGAAUAUCAAGUUUGGGCAGCAGCCACCCAAUGCCAUUCCCAUGAAGAAGGCAGGCAGUGGAAAAGCUAGCUCCAAAGAGGACCUGUUCCUGACCAGUCCCAUGGAAACUGUGACCCAGCAGGACAUCAUCCUCUCAGACACUGAGAACAAAUCCAGUGAUUCGCCAAGUUCUCCAGGUCCUCUGAAUCGUCCUGGAGCUGGGAGUGAGAUGGAAGACAAGGUUGCUCCAGUUAAACCAUCUCGGCCAAAAAGGCACUUGUCUUCUGCUGGCACCAUUGAAAGUGUCAACCUUGAUGCCAUUCCCCUGGCCAUCGCUCGCCUGGACAACAGUGCUGCCAAGCACAAACUGUCGGUUAAGCCAAAAAACCAGAGGGUGUCAAAGAAGCACAGGCGACUUGCCUGGGAACGACAAAAUGAGCCAGGCCUGGAGAGUCAGCCCUCCUUAGACCAGGACGGGCAGCAGGGAGAAGAGAGGCACAUUUGGCAUGAAGAGGAACCAGAGCCGCUGGGUCCUGAAGAAGAGAAAAGACGCCAAGAACACUACUGGCAAGAGCUAGAGGCCAAGUGCAAGCGGCAGAAGGCCGAAGCUGCGGAGAAGAGACGUCUGGAGGAGCAGAGGCUGCAGGCGCUAGAGAGGAGGCUCUGGGAGGAAAACAGACGGCAGGAGCUCUUGGAAGAGGGCGAAGAAGAGGAAGGAGAGGAGGAGCAACUGCUGCUAGAGGCCGAAAAGGAGCCUCAGGAAGAAGGGCAGCGGCAGGGCCUGGAAGAGCAGGGCUGCGGGGAGCAGGAGCUGAGGGAGCAGGAGGAGCGGGAGCGCAGCGAGGCGGAGGAGCAGAGGUGUCUGCAGGAGGAGGCUGAGCACGAAGCAGAGAGGCAGCAGCAGGAAGAAGAAAGGGAGUUGGAGGGACUCAGAAGGCUGGAGGAACAUUGGCUGGAGGAGGAAGAGGAGGCGCGGAGGCUGGUAGAGGAGGCCAGAAGGCUGGAGGAGCUGAGGCAGCAGGAGGAGCUGGAGGCAGAAAGAAGACGUGAUCAGGAGGAAGAGGAGCGGCUGCAGGAACUCACACAGCGGCGGCAGCAGCAGGAAGAGGAGGCCCAGCGAAGAGAAGAGCUAGAGCAGCGUGAGGAGGAGACAGAGGUGCCCGGGCAACAGGGGUCAGAGGAGGAGGAGCCCUGGGCAACCCCGGGGAUGUGGGAAGAAGAGGGGCAGCCACAAGUAAGGGACAGCAGAAGUCUGCGGAGCCCACCUCAGAAUGACUCAGGGGAGAAGCCAGAAGAGCAAGACAGUGUGGAACCUAAAAGGCAAGGAGAGAGCUCGGAGGAGUUGCAGAGCCAAGAGGCCAGGCCAACUGGAGAGCGCCUGGGCCCGAGGGCAGGUUGUUACGGGGAAGAACCACGUGUUUGGGAGGCCAAGAGCGAAGUGGUCCGCGGGGAGCCUCCUCAGCAGCAGGAGGCGCCCAUAGAGGAGAAGUUGAAGAACGAAGCAGCCGCUCCCAAGAAAGAAAGAAGGGUGGAGGAACUGCGGUGGCAGGAGGUGGAGGAGAGGCAGACCAUGCCCCGGCCCUACACGUUCCAGGUGUCCUCGGGAGGGCGCCAGAUUCUCUUCCCCAAGGUCAACCUGAGCCCGGUCACGCCCGCCGCGCAGGAGCCCAAAGCGCCGCGUGCGCUGAGCGUCCCACACCUGCGCAGGACGCCGCCCGCCAACGCCAAGUUCUUUAUCAUGCCCGCCUGGCAGAAAUUCUCCGACGCCGGCAGCAAGACCGCCAGGCAGAGCACAGAGGCCGACAGCCUCCGAAAGAGAACCGCGCCGGCGCCUCUUGAAACAGCACCCCAGCCUCUGCCCGCUGCUCCCCACGAGCCCCUCAGAACCCCCGAGAAAACAGAGGUGCGCCUGGAGCCCGCAGACACCACAGAGGGCUGCAAAUUUGCCAAAGACCUUCCAUCCUUUCUUGUCCCGAGCCCUCCUCCCCCUGCGCCCAAAGCAGCAGCCCACGCUGAGCCCAGGACCUCAUCGGACUUCGGGAGCGCGAGUGGCGUGGCCAAGCCAGAUCCAGUGACCCCAGGUGGAGAGGAAAAGGCUUCCCCUUUUGGAAUAAAACUGAGAAGGACCAACUACUCCCUGCGUUUCCAUUGUGACCAGCAGGCCGAACAGAAGAAGAAGAAGAGGCACAGCAGCAUGGGAGACAGCAUGGAUGCAACUGGGGAGAGAGAAGCAGAGGGCGCGGCCCCCAAGCCAGGCCCGGUGCUCCCCCAGGACAGGAAGCAGGCCCCAAGCCCCUGCAGGGACUCUGCUGCAAGCCCUGCCCGCACCCACCCUCCAGGAGCCAAGCCCAGUGCUCCACCAGCCAGUAGCCAGGCCCCAGCUGCAGAGCAGGACAAGGCAGCAAGCAGAACAGCCCUGGUACAGAAACCAGCUCUGGCGCCCAAGCCCGCUGGUCACACCCCACCGUCAUCCCCUCUCACCAAGAUCAGCAGGCCCUAUUUGGUAGAGCUGCUGGCCCGGAGGGCCGGGAAGCCUGACCCAGAGCCCAGCCAGCCUCCCAAGGAGAACCAGGAGAGCAGAGAUCCCCAGCCACCCUCACCGCCGCCCCCAGAUGAAAGGAAGGGACAGAAGACGGAGCCGGAGGAAGAGGCGCCUGAGAGGAAAUCCGCUUCCCCACCCCUGACUUCCACCCAGCUGGAGAGACUUUCCCAGACACCUGAGGCUGCUAGAAAAGAGAAGCCAGUGCUUCAGAGCAGGCACUCUCUGGACGGCUCCAAACUUAUGGAGAAAGUGGAAACUGCCCAGCCACUGUGGAUAACAUUAGCACUACAGAAGCAGAAGGGGUUCCGUGAGCAGCAAGCAACGCGAGAGGAGAGGAAACAGGCCCGAGAGGCCAAACAGGCAGAAAAGCUCUCCAAAGAAAAUGCCGGCAUUAGCCCACAGCCUGGUAGCAGCAGUGUCAGGAGAGCAGGUUCCCUGCACAAGUCCACCAUUCAGCUGGAGGAAAAGCAUGAGACAGCCGUGUCCCGGCUUGAGCGAAGAGAACAGCUGCAAAAGGCCAACACCCUUCCAACAUCUGUGACAGUGGAAAUCUCGGAUUCAGCUCCCCCGGCACCACUGGUGAAAGAAGUCCCCAAGAGAUUCUCCACCCCCGAUGCUGCCCCUGUGUCUACAGAACCGGCCUGGCUGGCUUUGGCCAAAAGGAAAGCAAAGGCCUGGAGCGACUGUCCACAGAUUAUUAAAUAGAGCGACUCAUCCAUUCCUAGUGCCAGUUCUUGGCUCCUCUCUUGCCCUUUUUAUUUAUUUAUUUUUUUAUAUGAAGAAAGCAAGCUAGGUGAAAGAAGCAUGUUUUAUAGACGCUCAAGUAAUGUUUAGAAACAGAACUGGUGGUGUUCAUUGUAAAGAGUGUAUUUGCACAACCCUAGGUCCUGGUGCCUUGAGCUCCCUUAGAUCUAGAGACAAUUCUGUCCAAGGGACCACGUGAAGUCAGAUCUGCAAACUGAGCUCCUCCCGAGAGCCUGCUGCACCCAUCCCCCUAGCCCCGCCAGAGGCACCCCCACCUGCCCUUCAGAACAUGUACUUUUGCCAAUCUUUGUGAAGGUUUUUGAUUCUCCUGGUUUCUUCUUUCCGAAGCAUUUGCCAUUACAAAUAUUUGGGUAUGUCUACCCUCUCUACAGUAUAGGAUCACAUAUAGAGAACAAGAAUGCUAUCUUCUGAAUGUAGCCAGUCACUAGGAAUCACAAGGAAGAGUCUGGCUCCCAGCUCUGUGCCUCUGUCUGCUUUUUAUAAUUUGCCCACCCAGAAGCUGGGACAUUCACACUUCCACCACACUGGAUGCACAGUGUGAUCAAAGUGUCCAUUUGGCCCAGUUGGCUCCUAGGGGACAUAUUUCUCCAAUAUGGUAAAGAAAGAAAAUUCUGUAUCAGAGUUAUAAAAGUGCCCUCUCUGUCUUGAAGACUUUCCAUCUAGUGCACUGGUUCUCCAGAUGUCCAGGCUGCAUCCUAGGCCUACUGACACGGUGCUGUGGGAACAGCGCCAGGGGAGCACCUGCUGGCAGACACUCUUCAGAUUCACUCUGGUCUGUCCUGAGGGUUCAGACCCUUUGGACACACUGAUUCUAGGGCAUUCUAGUUUCCCAGACUCUGAGGGGAGGAUCAUUUACCCACAGAAGCAAAAGAUGGGGAAAAAAACAAAACAAAAACCCACGCAAACACAGUGUAACAGGCUAUUGACAUUGUAUGUCUCUGGAAAUUCCCUUGGGUCUUUAGAGAAAACAGGAAGUCAAGAUCUACAGCCUUUGUACUCAGACUCUAAUCGAGUAAUUCAAAUUUAGAGUCAAAUUUUAAGUAGCAUUUAUAAUUUAAAGCAUUCACCUUGCUACCUUUAAAAAAAAUCUGAGUUUUAAGUGGCCUUGUCAUACACAUAUGCAUUCAAAGAAGGGACUUGGCAGUUUCAAAGCCACAUUUACUUUUAUUUCCCUAAAUUUGCUUUACAUGAAACAGACAUACCAGCAAAUCCCUACAUACUGCUAGCACAUAACUUUGUAUGUAUAGUAUGGGCAUAUUUCCUUUUCCUGGAUUCUUACUCCCAAAUAUAGGUGCAAUUUUUUGGCCUAGUGAAGGGCAAAUUACAUCUUUUUCUCUUACAAAAACACAUUUUAUAGUAUUCAUUUCUUUAUUCAAUAUGCAGUGUGACGUUAUGCUGUCAUUUCCUUAAUGACAGAAAAGUUAUUUACCAUAUUCUUUCUAGAAACAAUGGCUCAGCUUUACUGUAGCAGCUGGCAUGUGUGGUCAAGUGGAUAACUGUAUUCUUGCAAGUUGGGUUUAAUAAUCAAUGUAGUAUCUUUAUUGCUAUUGGAAACAAUAUCCACUGCACGUUUUCAACACUGAUGUUCAUUUUUAAAUCUUAUAGGUAGGCAUUUGUUAGUUCAGUGUUUUCCUCACUAAUAUGACACUUUUUAAUGGCAAUCUUUUCACCUGUAGCCCUGGAGUUACAGUACUAUGGUAAUUCUUCCAAAUGGACUUUUUUCUUUUAUCCUAUCAGCUUUACACUGUAUUGGCAGGGAACAGGUGAGGAAACAAGAUCAUUAAAGAAUGGUACAAGAAUCAGGUGUGUACUGGCUCAGGUACUAACUAGACCAUACAAAUUAUGUUCCUUCGGCCAGGCAUGGUGGCACACCUGCUCUUCUGAAGGCAGAGUCAGGAAGAUAAGUUUAAGGCCAGCCUGGACAACUUAGCAAGAGCUUGCAACAUAAAAAUUUUAAAGGGUGGGGAUAUACACUCAGCGGCCCCUGAGUUCAGUCCCUACCCCCACCACCACCCCCAAAAAAUCAAAAGUUUUUAAAAGAGUCUACUGAGGAAAGGGCAGUUGCAGUACUUCUACCAACUUCUGAAGGUACAUGUUUAGCAUUUCAUUUACAAAUCCAUCCCAAAUUUGCACUAAAUACCAAUGAAGUGUUAUUUUGCUUUGGUUGUGCUGCAAUCUUUUCUGAGCAACAAAAUAUGGGGAAAUUCUGUAAAAACACUAAGUUCAAGUUAGUCUUUUCUUUUUAAAAUGAAUGUUAUGUUAGAUACGUACUUUUUUAAAAAAUUUAAACUUCUGGCAAAGUUACAUAUUAACCAUUGUUCAUAGGCUUACAAUAUAAAAAAACUAAAAACUAGAGUUUUUUGUUUACUUUAAAAUUUUUUUCAAGUGCAAUUGUUUCUUAAACAUUACUAUUAUCAUUUUAGCCAGUUAUCUGCAAAUGUAUAGUAUGCAUUCAUUGUCUCUUCUUGUGACGUUUAAUUGCUUAUUUUAAAGCAGAAACAUUAGCUACAAGUGUCUUGCAAUAUUUCUACCAACAGUAACAUUAGUAGAGACUUAAUGAAAAUACCUUAGUGUGACUUUAAUAUUAUUUUAAGAUUUUUGGUUGUAUAAAGUUUUAAUGUAAAAUGUCCAUUACUGAGGGGAAAAGAUCUUUC